CCUUUCCUCUGGUCUGAUAUCUUCGCAGCCGACGCAGCACCAAAGAUCUUCCUCAAAGCCCUAAGCACUCGAGCUCUCGACUCGACAAAUUUUGCAGCUAUGUCGAAAAGGAAGGUUAGAGAGCCGAAGGAAGAAAACGUCACUCUUGGUCCUGCCGUUAGAGAGGGAGAGUAUGUCUUUGGCGUGGCUCACAUCUUUGCCUCCUUUAAUGACACAUUCAUUCAUGUGACUGAUUUAUCUGGUAGAGAGACCCUCGUCCGUAUUACUGGAGGUAUGAAGGUUAAAGCUGAUAGAGAUGAGUCUUCUCCAUAUGCUGCGAUGCUUGCUGCCCAGGACGUUGCCCAAAGAUGCAAGGAGCUUGGCGUCACGGCCCUUCAUAUUAAGCUCCGUGCAACUGGCGGGAACAAGACAAAAACUCCUGGUCCUGGCGCCCAGUCUGCUCUUCGAGCCUUGGCUCGUUCUGGAAUGAAAAUUGGUCGCAUAGAGGAUGUGACGCCAAUCCCAACUGAUAGCACUCGAAGAAAGGGCGGUAGAAGAGGAAGAAGGCUGUAGGCCAGUGUCUUUCAUCUCUCUUAUCAGAUCAGUGUUUCAGUAUCUCAUAUUAGCUUCGAUUCUGGGGUCGGAACAGUUUUGCUCUUAGAAACUAUUUUUGUACUUCUGAAAAACGGCUAAGCUGGAAUACUUGAUUAUUGGAUUCUCUGGAGAUUUAUGGCGUGGAUCGUGAUAGUUGCAUUUGAGAUUCUUAA